AUGGCCAAAGGAGGUGGACUCUCCAUUGAUUCAGAUCCAAUUGCCUACUUGUCUCUCCACAAACCCAUAGUCCUCAACUCCUUCCAAGAUCACUACCCUCCUCCUCCUCCUCCGCCGCCGCCCCAGACUCUGCAACUCUCAGUCAACCUCAACUGCACCGACGACCGCGAAAACGACACCCUCCUCAGCUCGCCGCCGCAGUCGGACGACAACCAGCGCAAGGUCGUAGACGAGCGGGACUUCUUCGCCGAUAACAACAACAAGGCUGCCGCCGAGGAAGCUUCCGCUGACAAAAUGGACUUCGACGACGGCCCUUCCGGCAUGGAUUUCAACCUUAACACUGGGUUGAAUCUUCUUAUAACAAACACCAGCAGUGAUCAGUCGGUUGUGGAUGAUGGCAUUUCGUCGAGCUUGGAGGAUAAAAGAGCUAAAAGUGAGCUGGCGGUUCUUCAAGCUGAGCUGGAGAGGAUGAACAGCGAGAAUCAAAGGUUAAGAGGGAUGCUUAGUCAGGUUACUACCAAUUACAAUGCUCUACAAGUGCAUUUGCUGAGUUUGAUGCAAAACCAGAAGGCUGACAACGGUGCGGAAGUGGAAGAAAAGAAGGUUAAUACUGGCAAUGGAUCGCAGGUAGUGGUUCCGAGGCAGUUUAUGGAUCUUGGUUUGGCUGCAAAUGGGGAUGCCGAAGAGCCGUCACAGUCUUCGUCGGAUGAGAGAAGCCGGGAACGGUCUGGAUCAGGAGACGAUGGGAAGACUGGUGCGGGGCAUGUUGGUGAUGAGGGGCAUGCGUUUGAUCAGGUGAAGAAGGAAUUCGGUAGGGGGAUUAGUGGGAGAGAGGAGAGUCCUGAUCAACAAACGCAGAGUUGGGGACCUAACAAAGUUCCGAGGCUCAAUUCUCCAAAGGAGGUUGAUCAAGCUGAGGCUACAAUGAGGAAGGCUCGGGUUUCUGUAAGAGCUCGAUCAGAGGCGACCAUGAUCACUGAUGGAUGUCAAUGGCGCAAGUAUGGGCAAAAGAUGGCGAAAGGAAACCCAUGUCCUCGAGCUUAUUACAGAUGCACCAUGGCUGCUGGUUGCCCAGUUCGAAAGCAAGUACAAAGAUGUGCGGACGAUAGGACAAUCCUGGUCACAACAUAUGAAGGCAAUCACAACCACCCAUUGCCACCAGCCGCCAUGGCAAUGGCAUCAACCACAUCAUCGGCAGCCCGGAUGUUGCUCUCCGGGUCUAUGCCAAGCGCCGAUGGCCUAAUGGACUCUAGCUUCCUCACAAGGACCAUCCUCCCAUGCUCCUCAAGCAUGGCUACAAUCUCAGCCUCAGCUCCAUUUCCUACUGUCACAUUGGACUUAACACAGUCUCCAAACCCGUUACAGUUCCCAAGGCCACCAGGUCAAUUUAACAUCCCAUUCCCGAACCCGUCUCAGACCAACGGACCUGCCUCGUUGCUGCCCCAAAUCUUCGGUCAGGCGCUCUACAACCAGUCUAAGUUCUCCGGCCUUCAAAUGUCACAGGACAUGGACCGUAAUGCCCAACCCCAGCAAGCUCAGCAAGGACAGCAGCAGAACUCAUUGGCAGAUACUGUCAGUGCGGCCACUGCCGCUAUCGCAGCUGAUCCAACCUUCACUGCAGCUCUAGCAGCCGCCAUCACCUCCAUCCUUGGAAAUGCUCAUCCAAACGACAUUGGUAACAAUUCUACCAACAACAACACAAACAACAACAAUAGCAAUGGAAACAACAGCAGCAAAUUGCAGCAGUAAGAUUAGCAAAUCCAGUUUUCCAAGGAUCUAAAGAAAGCCACUUUUCUUUGUUCCUUUUAGGUUUUUCUUUCUCUUUGUUUUUUGGGGGAGGGGGGAUGAAAAGAAAGUGAGAAAUAUACAUGUUUUUUUUUUUUUUGGGAUUGGAGGGGAUAAAUGUUAAACAUGGGUUUCCAAUCUUUUGUUAUUCUAAUAAUAUGUCCAAAUUAUAUGUCAUUACAAAGUGUUGAGGAAAAAAACAAUGGAAGAGCUAAGAAUGCAAGUUGGUUUUCCAGUUCUUGUUUGUAUGCGGAAAUGGAGGGGUUGGAGUUUUGGCAGCCAUUGUUUAUAUAUGUCAAGGUUCCAUGUUUUCCUAUAAAGAGCAAACAGGAGCCUUUAGAUGGGAAAGAACAAAGGAAAAGAUAAGGGAAAAUAGGGAUUUGGGGAAAAGAACAAAAGGGAAUUAGGG